AUGCCAUUCGACGAGCACGCCGAAACGGCGUCGCAAGCCAAGCGCCGCCGCAUGCGCUUCUCCCGCUCCCGCUUCGGCUGCGACGCCUGCAGGCACCACAAGAAGAAGUGCGACGAGACGCGCCCCGUCUGCGGCCGGUGUAAUGCCCUCCGCAAGGUCUGUGCUUACAGCGGCCCACAAUCCGGGCGGCCGGCCGGAGACACGCCGCCCGUGUCAUCGGCGCUAUCGAGCCCGCCCGUUCCCAUCCCCAGUCUUCCCAGUCUCUCCAACCUCUCGCCCGCACUCACCAGUCUUCCGGACCUCCCCAUCGUGCCGCGCGUCGCCGUGCCUGCACCCGCGACGUCGACAGGACCCCCCGAAGACGCGGCCGCCGCAUUAGCCGAAUAUGUCGACGACUCGUUCCUCCGCGCGUUCUCGUUCGCGACUGACGUCGCCGUGCCGCCGUGGACGCCACCGGACGCGACCCCGCCCGGCUCAGAGUUCGAGUCGUUCUGGAACGCCCUGAUCGGCUCGGCCGGCAGCGACGACCCGCGGUCAACGGACCGCACGCUGAUCGAGUACUACCGUCUCGUGGUGUCGCCCACAAUCUUGGGAAUAGAGGAUGGACCGAACUGCGCGAGCCAGUUCUACAAGGGCGUCGCGUCCACUGCGACCGAGGACGACCAAGCCGCCAUGAUGCAUGCCGUGCUCGCCGUGAGCGCGCAACACUUGUCGAACUUUGCGCGUGCGUUCAACAACGUCGACAAGGCGAUGAGCUUCAACGAGCAGGCGGCGCACCACCGCUCCGAGGCGCUGUACUUGCUGCGCGUGAGCGGAAGCGUCGCCGACGAUAACUCAAACGAAGCGCUGCUCCCCAGCGUCACACUACUCCUUACACUCAGCGCGCUGCUCAAAGGCGACCCAGACAUCAUCCCUGCUUUUCUCGAGCAGACGCAGAUGUACCUCGACGCCAUCAAGCAUCCAUCUCCUGCCCCACAUCUGCCAACCAUUUCUGCAAUCUAUUCAAUAUACCGAGUCCUGCAAGCCGUUGCGUCCAGUGAACAGCUCGAUCUUGCACUUGUAUUCCAACAACACGACCCGCACGAGACGUGGCUGCGCGUGGCCGACGAGACCGUCGAGCGGCUCGUGGGCAUCCCGCGCGAAAUGCUUGUCCUCUUUGGGCGCGUCAACAACCUGGUGCUGGAAUGGCGUGCGCUCGACGACGCGCUCGCACGCAUAGAGCUACGCUCGCAAGCCUCGAUGAUCCAGCACGACCUCGAAGACGAGGGCAUCUGGGCGGCGCGCUGGGCCGCGUCUGACCCACGCAUCAGCGCCGGGCUCGAGUUCUUCCGCGCGGCACUGCGCAUCAUGAUCAUGCGCGACGUAAUCGGCCUGCCUGCCACACAUCCGCGCGUGGAGCGGUGCGUGGGCUCGCUGCUCGCCGCGAUUCCCCGUGUGCGCACAGGCACAGAGAUCGGGCUCAUCGUCGCGGCUGAGGCACAGCCGCCGCGCCACGACGCGGUCCGCGCGUUUAUCCGCCGCUGUCAGUGGAAGGGCUCGGCGCCGCCACGCAUCGCAGAGGCCGUCGUCCAGGAGGUAUGGGAGGCGCGCGCGGCCGGGCGCAACAUGGACUGGCGCAGCGCCAUGGUCGCGCGCGGCUCGCCGAUGGUUAUUUAG